GGCGGGUUUAAUCAUUGCAGGCAGCGGAGCCGCUCCCCGGUGCUGCUGUGUUUUGGGUUUAGUUAUUUCGGGCUGUUCUGAGCAGAACUGAGUUUUACAGAUUUAUUCUUUAAUUUGAAAUGAUUUAAGUGGGAUCAUCUGUUAUUUUAUUUCUUUUAUAGUUUAUUUAUUAUUUAUUUAGUUCCGGCUGAGUUCAGACAUGCUGCUGAGUUUUAUUAUUAAGAAUGGGAAAUAAACAAUCCACCUUCAGAGAUGAUCAGCUGGACGAGUAUCAGGACUGCACUUUCUUCACCAGUAAAGAAAUACUGCGGUUACACGGGCGUUUUCGUGAUCUGGCGCCGAACGUCGUUCCUCUGGACUACACUAAUAACCCCGACGUCACGCUGCCCUCCUCCCUCAUCAUCACCAUGCCUGAACUGAAGGAAAACCCGUUCCGGUAUCGGAUAUUGGAGACGUUCUCGGAGGACGGCGAGGGGAAUCUCACCUUCUACGAUUUUGUGGAUCUGUUCUCAGUACUGAGUGAAACGGCACCCCUGGACCUGAAGAUUAUUUACGCCUUCAGGAUUUACGAUUUUAACAGGGACGGGUUCCUGUGCUUGGAGGACGUGGAGGAGACGGUGCACCGGCUGACGGGGGAGGAGCUGAGGGUGGAGGAGCGGCGGCUCGUCGCUCGGAGAGUGAUGGAGGAGGCGGAUCUGGACGGAGACGGGAAGCUUUCUCUCAUCGACUUUCAGAACAUGAUCUCCAGAGCUCCAGAUUUCAUUAGCACAUUCCACAUUCGCAUAUGAAUAUAUAUGAACCGGUGAGAAAUGCGAUGGAUGGAUUGUAUUCGUCCUUUUCUGCUGAAGAUGCAGAAGAUAAUGCCGAUUGGUGAAAAGACGUGUGGAGUAAUGUUUUUAUGGACGCUGGACGUCGAGUCUACAGAAGAUCCUCCAGACCCUCAAAUAUACCUGAUCUCCAUGUUUUUGGAGUGUGAAGAAAACUAGAGGUUCUACAGGAAACCCAAUUAGACAUGAAGAAAACAUGGAAACUCCACACAGAAUGGUGUGAGCUGUAUAGUAUCUAUAGUUGAGUUAAAGCUAAGUUGCUGCGGCGCGGGAGGAGUUUCAGCCGGAGCUCAACAGGUGGCGUCCGGAUUUAGACCGGGGGCUCGAGCUCAGAACCGGCCCGGUUUCUAACAGAGGACAGAGAGAACUCAGGAGAACCAAACAGAACUCAUGAGAACACAGGAGAACUCAGGAAAACUGAAGAGAAACGAAGCAAAAAAACCCCAACAGAAGUCAAUAGAACUCUGCAGGACCCAGGAAAACCCAGCAGAAUCGAAUCAGAAACCAACAGAACUCAAGAAAACCCAACAUAACUCAGCAGAAACCAGAAUAACCCAGCAGAACUCAGGAAAACUCAAGAGAAACGAAGCCAAAAAAACAAACAACAGAACUCAGUAGAACUAAGCAGAACCAAAGAACUCCGGGAAACCCAACACAACUCAGGGAAACCCAUCAGAACUCAGGAAAACC